UGUUUGUGCAGCAUAUAAAAUAGCCCGGUCGGAUUCAAGACCAUCAUACUUUUCCCUUUCGUUUUUCACGACAUUAUAGCGUUGUUUUCCGUUUUUCUGUGAACAAAAUGCCUUUAAAGUUCGAGCUGUGUCCCGGGAGGAUGAUCGGAGGAGACGAGCCGUGCUUCGUCAUCGCUGAAAUUGGACAAAAUCACCAGGGAGACAUAGAGAUUGCCAAGAAAAUGAUCAAAAUGGCAAAGGACUGCGGCGCUGAUUGUGCCAAAUUUCAAAAGAGUGAAUUAGAUCAUAAAUUCAACAAGAAAGCCUUGGAGCGUCCGUACACUUCUGUUCACUCCUGGGGGGAAACGUAUGGUGAACACAAGCGCCACCUGGAGUUUAGCCAUGAGCAGUACAGGGAGCUGCAGAAAUACGCUGACGAGGUGGGGAUCUUCUUCACUGCCUCUGGGAUGGAUGAGAUGGCAGUGGAGUUCCUCCAUGAGAUUAAUGUGCCUUUCUUUAAAGUGGGCUCAGGAGACAACAACAACUUCCCCUAUCUGAAGAACACUGCCAUGAAAGGACGGCCUAUGGUGGUGUCCACUGGGAUGCAGAGCAUGGAGACGAUCCGGCGGGUCUACAAAACGGUGAAGGAGCACAACCCAAACUUUGUCAUGCUGCAGUGCACCAGUGCCUACCCUCUGGAACCCGAAGAUGUCAACCUCAGGGUGCUGACGGCAUACCAGAAGGAAUUUCCUGAUAUUCCCAUUGGCUAUUCCGGCCACGAGUCUGGGAUCAAUAUUUCAGUUGCGGCCGUAGCGCUGGGUGCAAAGGUCAUCGAGCGCCACGUAACCUUGGACAAGACUUUGAAAGGAAAUGACCACACAGCCUCUCUGUUGCCCAGUGAGCUAGCCGAGAUGAUUCGUUCCAUCCGACUGGUGGAGAGGGCGCUGGGUACCGGCAAUAAGCAGAUGUUACCUUGUGAGAAGCCGUGCUUCGAUAAGCUGGGUAAGUCCUUGGUGGCUAAGGUCAGGAUCCCCAAAGGCACUGUGCUGACUCAGGACAUGUUGGCGGUGAAGGUGGCCGAACCAAUGGGCAUCGCAGCCGAGGACAUCUUCAAAAUGGUCGGAAAGACCGUGACGAAGGACGUGGAGGAGGAUGAGAGCCUCUUGCCAGAGGUGGUGGCUGGGUUCUGCGAGUAGAAGUGCUGAGGGUGGCGGAGUUUACAAAUGGGUAGGAAAAGGCCUUUAAUUUUCAGAGGAAAAGUAAUCGAUUCCUCUAGGGAUAAUGGUCAUUUUGUUUGGUGGUGCUGGUAUUUCACAGCUGGGGUUUAAACGGUUAACUUAAAGCCAAAAGAAGAAAUGCCCCCUCUCUCAGUUAACCUGUUUUUUGUCAUGAACCCAAGUCCGUCCGGAUGUUAACUGAACGUGUCAAAAACCUGCAUAGACUCUGUUGAGAUCUGGUGUUCCUGAAAAGAUGAAGCUUCCAAAUAAAAUGUUAUCCAAAUUCCC